UUCUGAAGAUUUAAAUGUCAGACUUAGUUUUUUCUUGCAUUGUCAGUUAUUUCAAAAUACCUUAUUAUAUAACUGAAAUAUUUCCGCAAUGAGUAUGUUGUAUAGCUGUGGUUUAUGCUGUAUGUUAAUAAGCGUUUGGGGAGUCGUCCAGCUGGUCUUAAUGGGAAUACUUUAUAAGAUAGAAACCAUUACGUUGCUAGAAGAUGUCGAAGCUGAAGAAUACGAUGACUAUGAAGACUUUAUUAAGAAAACUCAAGAAAAUUACAGUACGGUGGGUUUGAACUGCUUGAUCGCUGCUGGAAUUUACGUAGUAAUGAUCAUAUUAUCCUGGCUUUGCAUGCAUCAAGCUCAACGUAAAGAACUAAGGCUAAGAAAGAAAUCGGAGGAUGAUGAAUGGUAUUGUGAAAAUAAGGCCAAAGUUAUUUAAGAAAGUUCAUUAUUUGUUGUAAUUACAAGAAGAAGAUAUUAAGUUGUAUUUUUUUAAUA